AUGCUGUACAUAGUCGGCCUCGGCCUGGGCGACGAGCGCGACAUCACGGUGCGGGGGCUCGACGCCGUCCGCCGCUGCGCCAAGGUCUACAUGGAGGCCUACACCUCCCUGCUCUCCCUCGGCCUCGACCCCGCCUCGCUCGCCAACCUCGAGAAGAUGUACGGGAAGGAGAUCACGGUCGCCGACCGCGAGAUGGUGGAGGAGCGCGCCGACCAGAUGCUGACCGAGGCCAAGGACGCCGACGUCGCCUUCCUCGUCGUGGGAGACCCGUUCGGGGCGACCACCCACACUGAUUUGGUUGUUCGGGCCAGGGACAUGGGGGUGGAAGUUAAGGUUAUUCACAAUGCGUCCGUCAUGAACGCGGUCGGAAUUUGUGGAUUGCAGCUUUACCGCUACGGGGAGACCAUCUCCAUACCUUUCUUCACAGAGACAUGGAGGCCAGAUAGUUUCUAUGAGAAAAUUCAGAACAGUCGCCGACUUGGCCUGCACACUCUUUGCCUGCUAGACAUUCGUGUUAAGGAGCCAACACUCGAGUCCUUGUGCAGAGGAAAGAAAGUUUAUGAACCACCAAGAUUCAUGACUGUCAACACUGCAAUAAGUCAGCUUUUGGAGGUGGAGGAACUGCAUGGGGGAUCUGCAUAUGGCCCAGAUUCACUUUGUAUGGGUGUAGCUCGCCUUGGAAGCGAUGAUCAGAAGAUUGUUGCUGGCCCCAUGAAGAAACUACUGGACGUUGAUUUUGGAGCACCCCUUCACUGCCUCAUCAUAGUGGGAGAGACACAUCCCGUGGAGCAAGAGAUGCUAGAGUUCUACAUGAUCAAGUAGUGAUCUGCUUUCAUGUGAGU